AUGAUAACAGUAAGAAACUCGAGAAGUAGACCUUUGCACCAUUUAUCCCGCAGGGUGGCAAGAUCAUACCAACAUGCUCCAUUAAUCGCAAGGUAUGUGACACAACCACAACCAAAAGCCCCAGGGCAAUGUGGCGUAGGUGCCAUGACCGCACUUGCGUUGCUGCACCCGUCCCAGCAGGUCAGAGCCUUCCACUCUUCCAGGCCUCGCAAUUUGCAAAUGCAGCAAAAUAAGGAGGAAGAGGAUAAUCGACCAGCUUUGGAGAAAUUUGGCACAAACUUAACCGAUUUGGCUAAAGACGGGAAAUUGGACCCCGUGAUUGGAAGAGAUGAAGAGAUACGCCGUACCAUUCAGAUCUUGUCGAGAAGAACCAAGAAUAACCCCGUUUUAACAGGUAAUGCCGGUGUGGGCAAGACCUCGAUCAUGGAGGGAUUGGCUCAAAGGAUCAUCAAGGGCGAAGUGCCGGAAUCAAUGAAACACAAGCAAGUGAUCACUUUGGACCUUGCUGGGAUCAUUAGUGGCUCCAAAUACCGCGGUGAUUUUGAAGGCAAGUUGAAACAGAUUUUGAAAGAAGUGGAGGAAAAAGCCGGCAGUGUGAUUUUAUUUGUCGAUGAGCUUCAUUUGUUGAUGGGAUUGGGUAAAGCUGAAGGUUCCAUCGAUGCUAGCAACUUGUUGAAGCCAGCGUUGGCUAGAGGCCAAUUGUCGCUUUGUGGCGCCACAACCACUGAGGAAUAUAGGAAAUACGUGGAAAAGGAUGCUGCGUUAGCAAGACGAUUCUCACCGGUGAAAGUCGACGAGCCAACUGUGGAAGACACCAUUUCCAUCUUGAGAGGGUUGAAAGAAAAGUACGAAGUCCACCACGGUGUCCGCGUUGCUGAUGCCGCGUUGGUUACAGCUGCUAUUUUUUCCAAUAGGUACAUUACAGACAGAUUCUUGCCCGAUAAAGCCAUUGAUCUUGUCGACGAGGCAUGCUCGACAUUGAGAUUGCAGCAUGAGUCUAGACCCGAUGCAAUUGCAAAAUUGGACCGUUCGAUAAUGACCAUCCAGAUUGAGUUGGAAUCAUUGAGAAAAGAAGAAGACCCGUUAUCGAGGGAGAGAAGAGCCAAAUUGGAAGAAGAACUAGAGGUGAAGGAAAAAGAUUUGCGAGAAUUGACUUCGCAAUGGGAAACUGAACGACAAGUGAUUGAAGAUAUCAAGGAGGCCAAGGCCAAGAUUGAACAGGCCAAAUACGAUUUAGAACAGCACCAACGAAACAAUGAUUACGCCAAGGCAUCCAAGAUUCAAUAUGCAGAAAUACCAGAAUUGCAAGCUAAAUUGUUACAAUUGACCAAGUCAGAAAGAGCUACACAGACAUCAAACUUGUUGCACGACUCGGUCACUUCGGAUGACAUUGCUGCUGUCAUUUCCAAAAUGACAGGUAUACCUGUUGAAGGUCUAGUCAAGGGUGAAAAGGAUAAGCUCUUGGAUAUGGAGCUUAUCUUGAAACAAUCAGUUGUUGGCCAAGAUGAAGCUAUCCAUGCUGUCUCUGACGCAGUAAGGUUGCAAAGAGCAGGAUUAACCAACGAGAAACGACCAAUUGCGUCAUUCAUGUUUUUGGGUCCGCUGGGCACUGGUAAGACUGAGCUCACCAAGGCGCUUGCGCAAUUCUUGUUCAACGAUCCAAACUCGAUCAUCCGAUUCGAUAUGUCUGAGUUUGCUGAAAAGCACACGGUAACACGUUUGGUCGGAGCACCUCCUUCUUAUGUUGGUUAUGAUGAAGGUGGUGAGCUUACCGAGGCAGUGAGGAGGAAACCAUACUCGAUUGUGCUUUUCGAUGAAUUUGAAAAAGCGCACCCUGAUUUCUGCAAGUUGUUGCUUCAAGUGUUGGACGAAGGUUCAUUGACUGACUCCCAGGGUCACAAGGUUGAUUUUAAAAACACCAUAAUCGUGUUGACUUCUAAUCUCGGUCAGCAUAUCCUUCUCGAAGACAAGAACGCUAGAGAAGAUGGCAAGAUCAAUAAGGAAGUGAAGCAAGCCGUCUUGGACAAUUUGAAAAACCAUUACCCACCUGAAUUCCUCAAUAGGUUAGACGAUUGUCUCGUUUUUAACAGACUCUCGAAACACGCCUUGAGAGAAAUCCUUGCUAUCAAGUUGAGGGAGAUUGACGAUAGAUUAUUGAGCAAGCGGAUCAUCUUGGAAGUCUCGGACAAGGCCAAGAAGAUCUUGAUCUCCAAAGGGUACGACCCCGCUUAUGGUGCCAGACCAUUGGCUCGUGUGCUUGCCAAGGAAGUAUUGAAUCCUUUGGCCCGCAUGCUCAUUGGAGGAAAGAUUCAAGAAGGUGAAACUGCCAAAGUGGUGGACAAAAACGGCGAGGUUUGGGUUGAGCCUAACCACAGUGAAAAGUCGAUAAUCGAAGAUGAGGAAAGGAAAUAUAAGAAAUAG